CUUGCACCGCUCUCUGGCGAGAAAAUGUGGAAUGUCAUUUUUCUAGAUUGUUUUCGUGAUUGGUCAUGGGUCUAGUGAAGUAGAAACAAGUAGAAACUAGAAAGGUAUAUACGCAAGGAAUAUCGUGCUGAGCUCAUCUUACUAUUUGUGAUUCAUCUGUUCUUGCUUCGAUGGCAGAACUAUGUGCGAAGUAACCGAGUAGUUAAUGUGAUGUUUUGUGAGGGCACUAACGAGAAUGCCAAUACAGGCACCACAGUGGACUGAAUUUCUUUCUUGUCCGGUUUGCUGUCAUGACUUUGAUGUGGCCAUACGUGGCCCGAUAUCAUUAGGAUGUGGUCAUACUAUAUGUCGUACGUGCCUUGCAAAUUUACAUCGUAAACAAUGUCCUUUCGAUCAGAGUAUCAUCAAUACAGAAAUAGAAAGAUUGCCGGUAAAUGAAGCUCUGCUACAAUUAGUAGGGAAUCCUGUUCCUACAAAUGUUACAACAGCUUAUCAGAAAUUACUACCACCCAAAGACCAUGCUAAUUAUUUGGUUGCUAAACGUUGUAUUGAAGAACUUGCUCUAUAUCUCAAACCAUGUCAGACAAAUCCAACUUUAGCCACGGGAGGUAUGGGAUUUGUUUCCCGACCGAUGCAGAGAAAAUUAGUAACUCUUGUGGGUUGUCAAUUGGUUGAACCUGAAGGAAGAGCACGCGCGGUAAGGGCAGCUAGAAGUCUAGGUGAACGGUCGGUUACAGAAUUAAUACUUCAACAUCAAAAUCCACAACAGCUUAGCGCUAAUUUGUGGGCUGCUGUACGUGCUCGUGGUUGUCAGUUUCUCGGGCCAGCAAUGCAAGAAGAAGUACUCAAACUUGUCCUAUUGGCGUUGGAAGAUGGAUCUGCUCUUUCUAGGAAAGUGUUAGUUAUGUUCGUAGUUCAACGUUUAGAAUCACAUUUUCCUCAAGCAUCUAAAACAAGCAUAGGACACGUUGUACAAUUGUUAUAUAGGGCAAGUUGUUUCAAGGUAUCUAAACGAGAAGGAGAUUCAUCAUUGAUGCAAUUAAAAGAAGAGUUCAGAACAUACGAAGCUUUAAGAAGAGAGCACGAUGCCCAAAUAGUGCAAAUUGCAACCGAAGCUGGUUUAAGAAUAGCGCCUGAUCAAUGGUCUGCGUUAUUGUAUGGAGAUACCAGUCAUAAAUCUCAUAUGCAAAGUAUUAUAGAUAAACUUCAAACUCCGCAAUUUUUUGCUCAAAGCGUACAAGAAUUGGUUAUCGCUCUUCAACGUACUCCUGACCCUGGACAAUUAAGUAGUCUAAGACCUCAAUUAGAACUGUUAGCUGCAAUAGAUCCCAGCCCAGAAACUGAACCUCCUACAUUAGCAGAAUGUCGCGCAGCGUUAGAAGCUGUUAGAACAGUAGUCGCAGCAUUAGUAGAGUUUAUUCAACAACACGGUAACCGAAAGACGCAAGAUGGUACUCACAGUGUAGGCCCAGGUCAACCCAAAUAUAAAGUGAGCAUGUGUCGAGAUCUAGCACUUAGAGGAUCUUGUCCUAGAUCUACUAGUUGCACAUUCGCUCAUAGCGAUAUGGAACUGGAUAAGUACAGAUCAAAAAAUAGAAAGUUAAGUAUCAGGUCAAAUUUACCCUUAACCAAUAAUUUAGAUGCAAAGGUGGACAAAUCCGUCACUUGCUCGAACAAUAAGACGUUUAAACAGAAUGAGGAUUUAUCUUACCAUUCUAUAAAGUCACAUGAUAAUACUCAUAGAGAGAAUUUCAGUUCUAUAAAUAAAGUUAAUCAAAUGCAACGUCAUACACCAACAAACGAAAAUAAUUUCGUUGGGUCGUUGACGAAUUAUAUGCUACCACCUCCGCAAGGGAUUUCGCCUAUGGUACCGACGAAAAAUAUGGAUAUGUAUUGCUCUCAUUAUAUUAUGCCUAACACAGCCGUUGAUUACUCUACAUCUAAUCUCGGUAUGUGGGAUACAUCGCAAGUUUCAUCCAAUAUAACGAAUGGUAUUUCUAGUGCUAAAAAGCAGCGAACAGUUGCCAAAACAUUGGCGAUGCUGUUGCAACGCAGGAUGGAAAUUUUAAAUCAGCUUGAAACGAUUGUCAACAAACAAGUGCCACAGAUAAAAACGAAUUACGACAUGCAAGGGGAUACAUCGUCGUCAAAUUUUUCUAUAUGGACAAAUACGCCAAGUAAUCCUAUGGUUCCUCCGUCAAAUAUUAAUUGCAACAACAACUUUCGAUGUGCAGAUCCGAUUUUAUUUGACGACGAAUUUGUGCCAUUUGAUGCAUCAUCUAGUAAUAAAUAUGGACCAAUUUCCAAACUAUCCAAAAGUCUAAUGAGAUCUAGUAAUGGCGUACAACCUACCAAUUUUUAUGCAGAAGGAGGUGCACCUCCUACGAUAUCUGCCUAUCGACCUAUGCCAACGGCGAAUUCUAUUACAUCUUGGUAUUACGGUAACCAACCUUAUGCUGCUAUCGGUGCGAAUGGAGGAGUACAAUCUAUCAAUACUUCUACUUUUGGAGAUAAUUACAUUACUUUUGGUCGCAAUUUAUCGGAAUCAUCAACGUACACGCAACUUCCACGACCAGAAUGCAUGUCAAAGGAUUUAAUUCUUGAGUCACAAAGAGUGAAACAGCAGUUGAAACAUCUCGAGAAGAAAAUCAAUGACUUAAAGCUUGCUACGCAAGGAGCAACCUUUACGGCCGGUGAAAGGCUAGCACAGGAGUUGCAAUUGAUAGAAGCUGGUAUCAGAGAAAAAGAAAAAGACGUACGAAAUUGGAGCCCGUAUGGUACUGUACCUUGGAUCCAGUCGUCGAAUAACUUGCUUAGCACUCAAAAUUUCAAUCAAAAUUAUAAAUCGGAAGAGGAGGAUACGUAUGAAGCUGGUAUCGCAAAUGAUAUGCGAGAAUUAGAAUUGCGAUGGGAAUUUGAACUGCAGGAACAAGAAAAGCAUUGGUCGAGCGAAGAGGAAAAUUCUAAAAAAUAAUAGUAAGAUAGUGAGUCUUACUAUACUGUUUACUUAGAUCUGACCAUUAUUCGUUUCAUGAAACAUGUUUUUUUGACAUGUGAACAUAAUUUUUUGUGCGAACUUCCAUGCAUUGGCAUGUUUCAAUUUUCCAACGGAAUGACUGAAAGUAUAAUAGAAUUUGUACCAUUUGCAUAAGAAGAAUUUCAUGCUCUUCUAAGCAACAUCAAAAGAAAUCAACAUUGAAUGAUGGUAUUUAAGUACUAUCGAUAGAUAAAAGAACUUAUAUUUUCUUUCUUUUGACAUGAUCGCUAGUCCUUUACAGGUCUCUUGGUACAUAAGGUUUGUUCUUUGAUUGUGAAAAAAUGUAGUUUUUCCCGAAAUUAUUACCAACGUAUAAAAACUAGCUGUAAAUAUGUGAUACUCUGAGAAAAUUUGUUAAACACAAGUUGUCAAAUCCUUCAUGAUGGUAACUCUUCUUUAAUUACGCUAAAAGUCGCAUUGUUUUAAUUUUUACUAGUUGCAGUAGCAAUUCAUUAUAGAGAUCAGUCUAUUGUAAAAUGUGAGAGUUAGCUGUCGCAUUGGAAUUUACAUUUAUAGAACCGGUGAAGGGUUGAUUGGUGUUCCAUUGUGAAUAUCAUAAUGAGACAUUUCAUUGUCAGACAGAUUGAACAGACGAGAGCAGAUUUGUUAAAAUUUAACAGAAAUUAAUGUCAGUGUUUUAUAAACAUGACAGGAUGUAGUAUAUUUUGUUUAUAUGUUUGCACAAUGAAGCAAAGGAUAUUAUAUUACUGAUACAUUCGGAAAGAAUGCUAUUUAACCUGCAACAAGGUUAUAUAAUAAAAAUAUACGAAUACAUAUAGAUGUUAUGCAUACACAAAAUUAACAUAUUCUGUUAAAAUUUUGCGUAAUUAAGAUAUAUAUUGCUCCUAAUUAAGAUUUAUAUAUAUCUUAAUUAUAAAUAUAUAUAUAAUAUAUAUGACUAUUAAUUUUUAGCUGAUAAAACAAAAUUUUUAAAAAUACGUAGCUUUCUUCCACGAUUCAUGUUUUCAUAUUUGAAAAUAUGUUUUCGAAUAAAACACGGUAAAAUAGUAUAUCGUAUCGUACUUUGUUCAACUCUUACGUGUUUCAUAAAAUGUUGUUGAUUUUAUGCAGAUCUGUUUACGAAAAUUUAUUUAUGUUUGAGAUUUUAUUCGAAAUUCGUAUUCUUUUGGAAUAAUUAUCGACAGGUACUUUUGAAUUUAUUAUAAAUUACAAAAAAAUUAAUAUACAAAUGAGGUUAUAAAUAGAAAAAUUAAGAGGUUAAUUUCUUUUUAUAAAGUAUACAGAUAAAUUACUUAAGUAUUGCAGUUUCAAACACUUAAAAGUCUUGAACAAGAAAAGUGAGAAAAAUUCAAUAGUGUGUAUAGAAUUUUCCUUUAUUUUCACACUAUGUAGUGGGAAAUUAAUUAUAGAUUCCAUUUGUGCCUGGUAAAAAAAAAUUGCAUUUUAUUUGCUACUUCUAAUUGAAUAUGUUGAAACAGUGGUUUUCAAACUAUAGUCAUUAAUGCGGAAAUCAAAUAUUUCUAUUUUUAUUUAUUAGAAACGUUUACUAGAAUUUUAUGGUUUAGUAGCAUAUACCAUGUACAAUGUACAUAAUACAUAAUAUGCGUAAAUGAAACUGUAUUCUGUGUUAAUCCAGCAACUAUUACCUUUAUUUUUGGAUAAACUUAUUAUAUUCAUAAAUUAUAACAAAUAGUUUGAAAGCCUCUCGUUUCGAUCAAUUUUUUACUAAAAAAGUGAAAGAAUUGAAAUGAACAGACUGUACUGCGAACUGCAGCUCUCACGUUUGUAAUAAUGUACGAUUUACGGACAUAGAAGAAACUGAAACAGUCACAUUGGCUUCCACUCAACUGUCGCUUUAAUUUCUCACGAUGAACAAGAUUUAGUUCAUGUUAAUAUUAUUGGCAUACCGUUUAGUCCUUAUUUUUGUUCGUUAUUUGUAUUAUAAAAUAUGAAACUAACGUUCCUCAGAACAAAAAUAUAAUGACCUGUGUACUUGAUUAUACUGAUAAGAAAUUUACAUUCUUUGUUAUUUUUUGCAUUUGAUAUGACAUCCGUUGAUUACAUUUACCUUAACGUUACGUUUUCCUUAAUCGGAAAUUUUCUCGAACUCGUUUAAUUUAAAUUUCAUAUUGAUAUGAUAACAUAAUUCUGUUAAAUCGAACAUGUUGAUCAAAUUGCAACUUCUUUAUAGUAUAGUGAUUGAUACAUUGCAAUAGCUUUUGGGUUCUUCUAUUAUUAUUAUUUUUUUUUUUGUUUUUUUUUGUUUUUUAAAUAAUGUAUAGCAUAAAUAUUAAUAAUUCCAGUUUUAGUGGAAGUGACAUAGACUUUUAUGAAACGUAGAGAUCAAAGAAAGUUGAUCUUUCUGUCUUUCUCAUUAAAAAUAUUGUUUUACCUUGCUACACAAAACUAGAUAUGUUCAAGUAGAGUAUUUCUUUCAAACUAAAAUGUGCCUUUUGUAAACAAUGCAGCAACACAAAACUGAAUGAAACACUUUGCACUUGCACGCGUUAAAUUCGGUAUUUCCAAGUUUUUGCGAUACGAGGCACAUUGUUCUAAACUGGAAAGAAAUGUAAUCUCGGAACAUAACUAGUUUCUUAUGAAAAUUAUAAACAAUGGUGCAAUUUUAUUUGUUUUAUUAUUUACUAACACAACAUUCUUUUAUUUGUAAUGGAAUUCAAGGAAAGUAUGUUUGUCAAAAAGUUGUAACGAAAGUCAGUUUCUUUUAUUUUAGUAGAUAAAUUUAUAUAUUUCUUAAUCGAAAAAAAAAAUAGUCACGUUACAUGAAAUUAUGCGGAGUAGUAAAAAAUAUUAUAUGCAAAUGAAUUGACUUGUAAGACUUGUGCAAAAUAAUGUUUCCAUUACAGAUUUAAACGUGCAAAACAUACAAACACUAAACUAUUUGUUCUACAUUGAAGAUGACAUUGGUGUUAAUUAUGUCUAGAUUCAAAACUAUAUUUAUGUAUUUGAGAAGUAUGUUAGAAACUUUAUUUAUUUUGUUACUGGUUUCACAGAUAAAACUAUAAAGACUUUAAAAUUUAUGUAGUACAAAUUUUCUAUUGCGAUUAUAAGAAUUUAAUUUGCAAUCGCUAUACAUUUGUAAUACGAUUAUACUUGAACGUUACGAACACAAUUGGCCAUAGUACUGAAGAAAAUGUGUUAUAAUAUUGCAGAAAGGGGCCAUAUUUUGAUUUUGCAUUUCGAUAAAAUAAUACGAGUAUAUGAAGAAAAAAAAAGAAACAUAGUUUUUAGAUUAAAAUAGUCGUUACAUUUAUAACGAAGACUUGGAAUGUUUCUUUAAAAUAAAGCUUCAUGAUUGCAAAUCAAACUCUAACGGUUUUACAAAUUCAAUGACAAUUACCAUUUGUAUACGUCGUAAUAUAUAAAAGUUUUUGAAAGAAGAAUUACAUCGCGCGUAUGUUUCACGUAUACAUUCUAUUCUAAUUAUGUUAAAGGGCAUUUUAGUCUGAGCACAAGGUUAAAUAUGGAAGAUUUAAUGUUCCUUUCUGUAAAUUAAUACCGUCUUCACAGUUUGUUCAGAUACAAAGUAUAUAUUUAUAAAAUUUGAAUUCCAUAAGCUUCUAUUUUGAAUUGAUCUUUAUAUUUCGUGUAAUUCCUUUAUACGGACGACUAAAAGCCUUGUACACAUUAAAUGUUUCCGUCGUUUAAAGGAAUUAUAGUCAAUAAUAUUUCUAGUGAUCCAUUCGUCAGAUGUUGCCCUUCUAUAUUUUUAUUUUUAUUCGUAGUAUGACUCGUUAAUAAAUGUAGAGUAAAAGCGAAGAGGGCUGUGUACACUGGGAAGUAAUAAGCGCAACAAUACUGUUUGUGCAAGCUUCAGAUUAAUUGCAUGUUAAACAUGUCACUAUGUGUAUAAUAAUACACGCGUACCUAUGUUAAUGGUAUGAAGCCACAUACAAUCUAUAUUAACGUUCUUUGUUUGAACAUAUGAAACAAUGAUAAUUAUAUACAUAUCGGUAUAUAAUGCAUAUAGUCAGCGCGCACUUGGCACUUAAUGGUACGAAUGGUACUUCUGUGACAGUUUAUGUUAAAUUAAUUCCCUAUUGUAAGAUUUUUGUUAUAUUAGCCGUAAACAUAACGGGCAAUGCGUGUAUGAAUGUUUACUCUGUCUUAUACCGAAAUUAUACUAAAAGUCUUUGAAAUCAUUCGGAGAAAAAAUAUUAAAAUUCUGCAAUGUUUGUUUCGUUAACUUUACAUAGAAAAUAUUAAUCGUAUCCGGAUAGUGUCAUAUAUUCGCGAUGCCCGUUACGUUUAAUGUAAUUGUUAGUCUGGCAUUUUUAAUGUAUUUUUCUAAAAUAAAUAA